AUGACAACCGAGCUCCUUCAUGAGCCAUUUGUCAGAAAUCCACUUCGCGACGUAUCUACGUUCACUAGCGUGACGAAUCUCGAAAUUCCUAAAAUCACGUUCGAACUGGAUGAUGACGACUUUAUUGCUGACACUGAGACAGCAAAUGAGUUAAAAGCUACAGGUGAUGUGGUUUCCUUUGGUCGUCACAAGUUCAAAGUGUUUGCACCGAUUUCUGAAACAAUUUUGGCAGCUACUGAUACAAACCUAGUUCAAACGGUGGAUAACGCACUAAGUAGCGGUUUGGCAGCUAAAGAGAAAAAGGUUGCUUUCACUUCCACACCUAAAGCUGGAGAGGAACAUAUGUCAUUCUACCGUACUGUUGAUCCGAUCACUGUAGUACCCGGUGCUUCCAAGUAUAUCGCUAUCAAAAAAGCGAUUGCAGAUCUGCAUGAGGAUUACCGCGAAAAUGCCUCGAUCGUUAUGGCUUACACAGACUACAUGGAGAUCAUCGAAUUGCUUUCCAAUGGUACAACUAACCUGUACACUGCUCAACCUGAGCAAAUUUUGGGUAAGCCGGUUGAAUUCUGUGAUGCAGCUGUCGAUCCGGUUGUUGGUGACUUCCGAUACUCUCACUUCAACUAUGACCCAGAAAUCAUCUACGAUCGUGACAAAAACGUCCGGACUGGUAUCUGGGAUUUCGUCUUGACUGCAUGGGUUGACCACCAGAUCAAACUGAAAUCUGCUUUCCGUAUUGCAAAAAAGUCC